UUUUUAUUUAUUUUUAGUUUCGUAAUUUAGACUUCACUAUUGAAGACAUCUCAUUCUCAAAGAAGUCAACAGAAUUUUCUCGCUUGUCGAUUUUACAGUAUGGCCCAAAAGAGGAUCAAGAAGGAAUUGCUAGAUUUAGGGAAAGAUCCCCCGACCAAUUGCUCAGCUGGUCCUGUGGGAGAUGAUUUGUUUCAGUGGCAAGCUACAAUUCUUGGACCAACUGACAGUCCAUAUGCUCAAGGUGUAUUUUUUCUCACUAUAAAUUUCCCUACAGAUUAUCCAUUUAAACCUCCAAAGGUUGCCUUCACUACAAGAAUCUACCAUCCAAACAUCAAUAGUAAUGGCAGCAUAUGUCUGGAUAUAUUAAGAAGUCAGUGGUCUCCUGCCUUGACUAUUUCAAAAGUACUCUUGUCAAUUUGCUCUCUGUUGACGGACCCAAAUCCAGAUGACCCUCUGGUUCCAGAAAUAGCACGUAUUUACAAGACAGACCGUGACAAGUACUACAAGGUGGCUCGUGAAUGGACACAAAAAUAUGCUCAGUAGAAACAAAUGGGAUCAGUAAAUGUAAAAAGAGAAUUGUAUAAAUUUUAAUGCAUACAUUCUGCUUGGCUUGAAAAGAUUGUGUUGACCAUGUACAGAGACCUUUUUCUUGUUUGAGUUUUCACACAUCAACAUACUACAGACAGUCGUUGUUUUGAUAUUUUUUCCAAUAUUGCACAUUGAUCCAAUGACUAAUUUGUAUUAUUUUAUAAUUACUUUUUUUUUUUUUUUUUCAAUUUAUUUUGAUGGAAGAAUUGAACAGCUUAAAUACUCAACUUGUCACUUCCCAUUCUGAUGACUGUAUGAUGGGGGGUAACUCCAUUGGCCUGCAUUUUUGUUGUCCUCACAUUUGGUUUAUCCCCCUUCCCUUUUGUUUUUUUGGUUAACUUGUGGCUCCCAACUAAGGUCCAAUUAAACCCAACUUUGGCGACAUAAAAGAAAGCAAUAGUUUAUGCAAUGUAAGAGUGACUAAACAGUUUUGUAUUUUUUUCAGUUUUGCUUGGUGAACAGACAUGUUCUAUUGUACAAGAAAGAAAACAACUUAGCUUCACCCUGUCACUGUACAUUAUGUUCAUGUUAUUGUGGCGUCUUCUCCAGUCAUUCUGUGCAUCUUUUGUCCUUUUCGUACACCUUUAACUAAGUUUUUUUUUGUUUUUUUUUUUGAAAGGCUCUAAUACUUUGUAAAGCAUUGAUUUGAAACAAAUUUUGUGGUAAAUGGUGCAUUUUGUGGAGAGUUUUGGACAUCUUACUAAAACCUUUAAUUUAAGCUUACAAGAACAGAUCUGUAAUGAGAGGGUCUUCCUGCUCUAAGGAUAAUCCUGAAUUCAGUUGUGUAAAUAUUUGUCUGCCAUUCAAUACAAAAAUAAUAAAAUGUCAAGAAUCACCAUAA